AUGAAUUAUUUGAAUAGAGAAGUUAAAAAAGAGGGAGUAGAUAUAGACAAAUAGGUUCUUAAUCAUAACAUUAUUUCUCUUGAGCCUACAAAAAAGUAAAGAGAUAUCUUCUGCAAGGAGGUUCUUCCUAACGCAGAAGUCAAAGCCAGAGAGCAUAACUUUAUGUUCACUGCUCUCACUAAACUAUUUAAGCGCACCAAGGAACUGCAGGAUCAGGAGAAAUAAAUUUAGAAUGAAGACAUCAAAGAAUUCAUUACAAAGUCUACUUAAGUAAGACUGUUGAUAGAGAAGCUCGAAGAAUUCAAGAGCAGAAAUCCCAAGGAAUUUGGUCCAAACAACUUUAAUUUGAGAUCGAUUUACUUUAACAUGACUUGCAAGAAUCUUCUAAUUGGUCUCUUUUAUUCCAUUUCAUAAUCUCUUUUAAGUUGUGGUUGUGUUUUUAUUAUGGACAAGAUUACAGACAUUCUUAAGGAUUACAAUGGAGAAAGUGAACAAAAGACUGAAGUAUGUCUUCUGCUGCUAGCCAUCUCAGUUGGAUAUAUUCUAAAAAAUAUAUUUUACUCAAGAUAUUCAUGGUAUUAAACUAAAUGGUAAGCGAAUGCUUAUGCAACACUACAAUAUUUAGUUUUUAGCAAGUCAUUAAGGACAUAAGUAAUGUCAGCCAGUUCCAGCAACGAUGGUGGUUCAGGAGGAAGUAGCAGCGACUCUAACCCUGAUGCAAAUAAUAUUAUGACAGUGGAUGUUGACUAGCAAUAAUACAUAUUUUGGGCUUUUGUUCAGACAAUCUAAAGCAUAAUUACUAUGAGCAUUGUUUUACUCUUGAUUUAUUACAGAAUUGGAUCAUCUAUAUACAAUGGUUUGUAUAUUUUACUAGGUUCUUUUUUCUUCAACAUUAUCAUCACUCAAUUAAUGCGUAUUUUCUACUCAAAACUGUAUAAGAAGAAAGAUGAGAGAGUCUCCUUGAGCAAAGAUGUCAUCGAUGGAAUGAAAAGCAUUAAGUACUUAUGUUGGGAGGAGAUAUUUAAGGAGAAAAUAGAAAAAAUUCGUUCUCAAGAAAUGGGUAUUAUGAUAAAAACCAGAAUACUAGAUGGAGUUCUCAGUAUUUUUUGGAGUUGUGUGAGUUCUUUAUUAUUGUUCUUCUUUUUAGUAAGCUUCGUUGAUGAUGGUCAUGAUUUAAAAGAUUCUAAUGUAUUUACCAUGAUAGCUUUGUUUAACUUAUUAACGGUACCUAUAGGAAUACUCCCUUGGACUCUAGGUUAUUUGGUGAAGGCCAGAGUUUCUUACAGGAGAAUUAAGAACUUUUUGAAUGAGAAGGAGAUCGAUCAUAAUAAUGUUGUUAACUUGGAUCUGGAAUUAAAUUAAAGAGCGACAAAUACUACUAGCCCAAACAGCUUAUUAGAAAGCUUUUAAGAAAAUAGCGAAGCACAAAACAAUGUUAAUUAAUUAGCAAUAUCAAUUAGGAAAAUGAAGUUUGACUGGCCUACUAAAAAAAGCAGCAAAUAAAAGAAAGAAGAGGAGCAAAAGAAGAAAAAGGAGAAGUCACAAAAAAAAAAGGGAAAUACGAUUUAAGAUCCUCUACUUGCUAAUCAAGAAGGAGAAAGUAGCUCAGAAACUGCCAACAACAAUAAAUUCUAAUUAAAAGUUUUAGAUUUAACUGUCAAAAAAGGUGAUCUAGCUAUUAUCAUUGGAAAAAUAGGAUCUGGAAAAUCAGCUCUUUUGCAUGCUAUUUUGAAUGAGCUUGAUAUAAGUUCAAUGGAUUCAUAAGAAUCGCUGAUUGCUUCAAAUAUAGACAAUUCUCAUUUAUAAGAAAGAUUGACAAAUUAUGAGAAAAAGAUUAUUGUCAAUGGUAGAAUAGGAUACGUUUCUCAGAACCAUUGGUUGCAAAAUAAGACAAUCAAGGAAAAUAUUUUGUUUGGUAAGGAAUAUGAUCCUUUUUGGUAUAAUGAAUGCAUUGAGUCUUGCGAUUUAAAAGUAGACUUCAGCACCUUUUAGAAGAAGGAUGAAAAAGUUGUAGGACCUGGUGGUGGUAACUUAAGUGGAGGUUAAAGACAAAGAAUUGCGAUUUGCAGAGCUCUUUAUUAAAACUGCGAGAUAUAUUUAUUUGAUGAUAUCUUUAGUAGCUUGGAUGCUCAUGUCGCAGAAAAAGUUUACUAAUCAGUUAUUGUAGAUGUAUUAGUAAAAAAAUACAAGAAAACAGUUCUGCUUGUAACGAGUCACUUCAGCAUAUUUUCUAAGAGAGACUAUAUCAAUAAAAUUUUCUAUCUCUAAAAAGGUUCUCUAGUGUAUGACUAAUAGGAAAUAGAAGAUUUUAUUAAAAGUGGUUUAAGCAAAGAACAAGAGGAAGAAGAAGCUAAAAGAUAAAAAUAAAAACUCGAAAUGAAUCUUGGGUCAGAUGAGUAAUUAGAUAAAGAAGAUGAUGAUGAUAAAAAUAAUGAAAUUGAAGAAAUACAGGCUGUUGGAAUAUAAAAAAGAUCUCUCUAAAAAUCUAAAUCAAGCCAAAUUGAAGAAGACACAAUUAUCAGAAAAAAAUAGAGCAGCAAGAAUUAAAAAAUAGUUGAUGAAGAAGAAGACACUAAGAAAUAGUAAGAAGAAGAAAGAGAAAAAGGAAGUAUUAAAGCAGAGACGUUCUCAACUUACAUUAAAUCGAUGAGUGUAGCUUUUCUUAUUAUCUUUAUUUUAUCAAGUCUUAUGAUGUAGGCUGCUUCCAUGCUUACAGAUUUCUGGCUGAGAGAUUAAGUUUCAACUUCAAGUCCUUUCUUUGAAAAAAUAAAUAGUAUGUUCCAUACUUUUACUAAAACUUAUUUAUUUUUUAUCCUUUUGAAUUUGGGAAUGGCUGUUGCUAGAGCCUUUUUCUAUAAUGUUUGUGCUUUACGCAGCGCCUAAUAGAUGUUCAGUAGACUUAAUAAAAGCCUUAUUUACAGCAAAAUGCUAUUCUUUGAUAAAAACCCACCUGGUAGAAUAGUUAAUAGACUUUCAGAUGAUAUUCUUAACAUCGAAGAUAAUCUGCCCUGGAGUUGUCAAAUAUUUUUAAAGUACUUUACUAAUACAAUAGGUUAUCCUAUUGGUAUUCUGAUUUAGCUUCCAUGGCUGAUUGUUUUUAUCAUAAUCUCAAUUUUCAUCGUUUACUUUAUUUAGAAGCUUUUUAGACUUUCAAACAGAGAAAUUAAAAGACUAAAUUCAGUCAAUUCUGGCAGACUGUUAACAAAUUUAGGAGAAGCAUGCAAAGGAGUGAUAUUGAUAAGAUCUUUUGAUAGAGAAAGACUUGUUUUGAAAGAAUAUAUGGAAAAAUUAAAUGACAGUGUAAAUACCUUCCUUAUUACUGAAGCUAUUCAAAUUUGGAUGUCUAUCAGAUUGCUUUUUGUCAGCAAUUUCUUAUUCGUAUGUGUUGCAGUUACCAGUAUGGUAUUGGUAGGAUUCAAUUUUGAUUUUGAUUACAUCUCAAUAUCAAUGUGCCUUACUUAUUCUAUGCUACUAUCUUCCUAAUUCACUGAUCUUAUUCAAUUUUUCUGUAAUGUUGAGCAAAACAUGGUUUCAGUCGAACGUCUCAGAUAAUAUUUCAAUAACGACUAAGAGGAUCUCGAUAAAAUAGAACUACCUGAAGAAAGUAUCUAGUAAGAUGAGGAAUCUCACAAGAAAAGAGAUAAAGAGAUUGCAAUUGAGUUUGAGAAUGUUUUUAUCACUUAUGAUGAAAUUAAAGAAAACACAGAUAUUUCUAAAGAAUCUACUGAAGUUUAGUUUGCAUUGAAGGAUGUUUGCCUUAAAAUUAGAAAAGGAGAAAAAAUAGCAUUCUGUGGAAGAACUGGCUCUGGUAAAACUUCUAUAUUAAAUACUCUCUUUGGCAUGUAUCCAAUUCAGCAUGGCAGUAUCUAUGUCUAUGGAAAGAAUAUAAAAUCUUAUAGUCUUAGAGAUCUCAGAUCAAAAAUGUCUAUUAUUCCCUAGUUUGGUUUCCUUUACAAUGCAAGUUUGAAAGACAACUUAGAUCCUGAAGGUAAAAUUCCUCGUCAGAUAAUGCAACAAAAAAUAAAUGAAACAAACUUGAAAAUUAGAGAAAGUAAUAAAAAGAAUGAAAAUAAACAGGAAAACAAUGAGCAAAGUAAUGAAUAGUAGGCUGUAAUAAAUAUUCCUAAAUAAAAUCAAGAAGAAGAAAAGAAGGAUGAAGACAAUUUAGAUUUUGAAAUAGAAGAUGGAGGAUAGAAUUUAUCUAAUGGAGAAAAGUAAGUAGUUAAUUUCUUAAGAAUUAUAUUAAGAGAAACAGAAAUCGUAUGUCUAGACGAAGCUACUUCAAACAUGGAUCCUAAAACUGAUGCUGAGUUGCACUAAUAAAUAUUUAAAUUUGCAGAAAACAGAACUUUAAUAGUCAUUACACACAGAUUAGAAAACAUUGAAUUAUUUGAUAGAGUAGCUGUUCUUGAGAAAGGAAAAAUAGUUGAAUGUGGUCAUGUUAAUGAGCUAAGAAAGAUAGAAGGCGGUUUCUUCAAUAGGCUUUUAAAAAAUCACCCAAAAUGA